UACAAAGAGUGUAUUCACAAUUCUUAAUUUAACAAAAUUGCUUAUUAAAUAAAUAAAAUAUAUAUUAUUUUAAAAUUCAAUAUUUUAGUCUAUUUAGUUUUGGAAACGAAUGCUAAUUAAAAUAAACUGUCACACCGAAUAGAAAAAUCUAAUUCAAACAAAACGUAACGUUAAAAACGACAAAACCAACAAACAGUAAGUGGAACGAAAUUAAAUGUUUUGGAACAUAUGUUUGUGACAAAAUACACAUUCACAUUUUAAUACACGAUAUAUGUUUGAGGUGAAAUUUCAUAUUUCUUUUGGACAAAAAUGAAAUAAAAAAAAAAAGGUUUAUUUUGAUAACUUAUCACACUUUCUUUUCCAAUUAAUUUAUAAUGCACUUAAAAAUGUAUUAGAUUUUUAAUACAUCACGCACGUUAAACGCAAAAUAAACUCCCUGAAUUUCUCCCUCCAAAAACCGGUGUACUUUCGAAUAUGCCACGUACACAUGGUAAUAAUAUUAAUAUAACUACUAGUACAUAAGUAAUAAGUAUGAAAAAUUUUUGUUCAGUAUUAUUCUGACGGAAUAACGUCCGUCUACAUUAUACAAUCCACAAAAUCCAUGUGGCCAAACUAAUUGUUAAGUUGUUUGUGCUUUUCGAAUCAAAAUUUUCACAUAUUUUUAUUGAUUCUGUCUUUAUUUCUGUUCAAACUGUUUCUAUGGAUUUUUUCCUGCCAAUUUUGCUUUCUAAAUACAAUGUUAUAUGUUUGUGAACAGAAUAAAAUGACUAUUCAAACGAAAGAAAAUAUAUUUUUGUUAAGAUGGCGGUAGAAGAUUAGAAUAUAACGGUCAGAAAAGUAUAGUAAUUAAAAGGCUAGUUGGUAAACGCAAAUGUGACAAGUUAUGAAAUCUUAAUCAUGAAACUUUUUUCUUUUUACUCAAACUUUAUCUAAAUAAAUCAUGUAGUGCUACAGGAAAAUUAAAUAAAUUGUUUCCAUAUUUUAGAUACCUAAAUUGUUAAAACUGUAAUGUUUAUUUAAAAAACAUUUAUGUUGAAUAAAAUGUAAUGUUUUAAUAAAAUAAUACUUUGAAAUAAAUAAAAUUAACUUGUUACAUAAACCAAUCUAUUACUGGAUUAAUACAAAAUUAAUCCCAAAAAAAUUAUUUUAAAGAAUAUAAGAAUAAAAACUAAUGUAUUUGUUUGUAUUUACGAUUAUGUUUUUCCGCCAUAUUUAAAUCAUAAAAAAGCGAUCACCCUCUUCUUUCUUGAGGUGCUCAUCACAUGGCAGCCUGGUGAGAGUAGGGUCUACACAGGUUCUGUUGCCUCUUGUCGUCUUAUCGGAUUUGUUAUGUGUAUUACUUUCACUCUUCCCUUCGUCACUUGGACGUAAGAGGAAGUACUUUGUACUUGAAGUGGCCCAAAUUGCGUUCAUCAUAAAGUUAUCUUUAUCUUUAUAUAUAUAUUUCUUGUGUGCGUGUGUAUGUCACUGAACUCCUCCUAGACGGCUGGACCGAUUUUGAUGAAAUUUUGUGUGUGAGUUCACGGGGAUUCGAGGAUGGUUUAGAUUCACAAUUGGAUAUUUUAUCUUGAUUCUGAGUUAAGAAAAACUAAAAAAAACACGCUUUAAAAGCAAAAAUUGCAACGCAUUAUUAGAAGCCAUUAAGUUUUGCUAUUGUAAGGAACUAAGUAGAGAGUAAGAAAAAAAUAAAGAUCCUGACAGUUUAUAGCGUCGCCAUAUUUGUUUCAAUUUUCAAUACCCUUUUUGUAUAUUACAAUUUAAAUUGCAGAAAAGAAAUCAUGUUUCAUAGCCACACAAAUAGUGAGGAUGGUUUAGAUUCACAAUUGGAUAUUUUAUCUCGAUUAUAAGUUAAUAAAAACUAAAAAAACACGCUUUAAAAGCAAAAAUUGCAACGCAUUAUUAGAAGCCAUUAAGUUUUGCUAUUGUAAGGAACUAAGUAGAGAGUAAGAAAAAAAUAAAGAUCCUGACAGUUUAUAGUGUCGCCAUAUUUGUUUCAAUUUUCAAUACCCUUUUUGUAUAUUACAAUUUAAAUUGCAGAAAAAAAUCAUGUUUCAUAGCCACACAAAUAGUGAGUGUGUGUCAUUUCUCUAUGUCCACGAGGUCUCGCCGCGUAAAUUUUCUCCUUGGAGCGAACCCGUCCGCUUAAUUAAAUAAACAGCUUUUAUCGUUGAAUGAUUUCAUGAUUUAUUUAAUGAAAAUAUGCUCUCAUAAAAAAAAUUAGUUAGAUAGACAUUCAAUAGGUGUCUUUCUCUCACUCUCUCUCUCUCUCUGAAAUGUAUGUAGCUUGCUCGCGGGUCAGUAAUGCAGACAAUCUUUACAUUCUAGCUCGAGAUGGAAAAAACAGUAAAUGUGGUUUACAAAGACAUUUUAUGAAGUGUCUUCCCGUCAUUACAUUUGAAAGUAGAAACAUAUUUACUCAAAAUUUAGGUAGUAACAUAUUUUUAUUGCAAAGACUAAAAUAGAGGUGAGAAAAAUUAUCAUUUGUGAACAUAAGAAAACUACUACAACUGUAUCAACUGUUAUGUUAUAAUGUUUAAAUUUCUAAAUGGUGCAAGAUAAUACAAAAUUACAUGCGGAAAAAGUCGUGGGCAGCAGAUACUUAUAGUUAUAGGUGUGGGGCUAUGCAUUCUGAUUUUUCAUAUACUGCAUGGAUGCGAACAUGUAAGAAUAAUCUAUCUAUAUUACUAUAAUAAAACAGUACUUUUUCUGUCUGUCUGUUUGUACGCGAUUUUGAUGAAAUUUUGUGUGUGAGUUCACGGGGAAUUGAGGAUGGUUUAGAUUCACAAUUGGAUAUUUUAUCUCGAUUCUGAGUUAAGAAAAACUAAAAAUACACGCUUUAAAAGCAAAAAAACUAAGCAUUGUUGAUAAUUAGCCUCCAUGGCAACGGGCUUUUGCAUUGUUGUUGCCUUCUGCGUAACCAUGGGAAAGGUUUUUGGUAACGGCAGUGGCGUGCCCAAGAGGAGGGGUAUGUAUAAUGAGAAGAUACAAAAUGUCCAGCGUAGAAAUACUUACCGCCAUAUCCAUAUCUCACAAAAAGUACAUUUGGGCAGGACAAUGUCUGUCGGGUCCGCUAGAAAGAUAUAUAGAGAGAUAGAGAGAGUUAUAGAGAUAUACAUAGAGAGAUAGAGAAUUAGAGAGAUAAAGAGAGAUGCUUAGUAUACGUUUAAAAAAUUACAAAAAAAAAUUGAUUGAGGCAUUGCAACGCAUGCCGGGCAUCAUCUAUUUACUUAUAUAUUUUGAACGUUCUUACUCGUACUUUGAAGGCGUGGGAACAUGGUGUUGGUAAUAGUUGUAACUUUUUUUUCAUGGAAAAAAUUUCUCUUUUGCCCUUGGUACUCCGAGAAGAGAGGUCUGACCCUGCUCCCUCAGUGGCUAUUGUUUCUCAAACCUUACACUUACAAUAGUUACAAGUUUUCUGUGUGGAGAAGUUUCUCUUUUGCCCUUGGUGUUCCGAAAAUAAAGGGUUCUGUAGUCACUCAGUUGUUAUACUUUGUCGAACCCUACACGAGCGCGGUCAUGUUGGGAGCAGAGUCUCAAAACACCGACAUAUCCAAUGAAGAUGAUCGUAUUCUUCUGGCUCAACCCUCCGCAACGAGUGAGGUGGUUGAAACUGUUCGCGAAAUAGAACCAAUUGCGGGUACCAGUCGCGAGGACAACCGCGAAGAAUUCGAGAACGUCCCAUCGGUUGCUUUAUCUGGGAACCGGCGUGGGAUUAUAGUGUACUACGAUGGAAAAGGACACCUAUUCCACUUUGACAAAGAAAAGCACGGCAAAAGGUUUCUAAAGUGUGCAAAAUACCACGCUGGGUGUCGAGCCCGUGCCAGUAUGAACCUGGAGGAUGGGUCGCCCAUCAAGCCCACAUUGAGAAGUGUGCUUCACAACCAUGGCCCGAACCCUCAGUGUGUGGGAGUUAUACAGUUCAGAAAAUUGUUGUCACAACGAUCGAGUGUUGAAACUACCCUACCACUUGCCAUGAUCUACAAUGAUGAAGUUCAGAGAAAUCCUGAGAGUGCCACGCAGCUACCAUUUAACGUAGUACGAAGAACCAUGGCACGCAGAAGACGAGAGUCUGUGCCAACUGUGCCAGCGAGCCUACCAGAUCUGGUAGAGGUGUUUUUGAACCCAAUGGUGCUUCAGCACUAUGGUCAAAUUUUUAAUGCGACAUUUUAUGGAGGACCCGUUCACGAUAGCACUGGGGCUCUCGCAGCCAUUGCUUUUUUUAACAAUGACAUCUGCAGUGUGGUCAGCGAGCACCCCAGCGAAGUUCGCGAGGUGGGCAUGGACGGAACUUUUAAAGUAGUUCCUAGUUCGCCUCGCGGUUUCGUACAGCUCUUCACUGUACAAGUGAUCUUCAUGGAUGUGGCCUUCCCCAUACUUUUCGCUCUCAUGUGCUCACGCACUGAGGCAGCCUAUGUCGCUGUCCUUACACAUUUCAAGGAAGCAACAGAGCAGUAGCAGGUUCAGCUGGUAAUGUGCGACUUCGAGGUGGCGCUACGCCGAGCGAUACGAGUAGUCUCUCCUGAAGUGAGACUACUCGGUUGCUGGUUCCACUUCUGCCAAGCCAUCUGGAGACAAGUUUUGACCCAAGGAUUAGCAGGCGAAUGCCUCCGAAACCCAACUAUGAAGAUGGGAGUCAAAAUGAUAAUGGCCCUUCCCCACCUACCACCACAGCCGGGCGUACCCCAUGACACAGUUACUCCAGAAACGGAUAUAGCAGAUGGGAUUCGUGCCAUCGCAUUUUUAUUGAAGAGGGCAAUAUUUUAGGGCUAAAUAAUCUUGUACAAUAUGUAGAAAGGUUUUGGAUGAGACGCGUAGGAGCAGAGAACUUUACUACCUUCAACCAUCCACGUCGGACUAAUAACGACUUAGAGGGGUUUCAUUAUCGUCUGCGCAGUGUCAUGGGAAUGCACCCCAACAUAUGGAAUUUUGUUGAAUUGCUUUUAAAAUUAAGUAGGAAGUAUUCAGCAGAAGUCAGAAGUGUGGCAGAUGGGCGCCUUGUUCGACCCUCAUCAAGGGGAAACAAAAACACACUAACUGUUCGGAAGGGCAUCCAAAAGUUAGUAACUGGAAAAUACAGUUCAAUUUCAUUUCUACGCUAUGUGUCACACACUGUGGACAGACUUUUUGAGAUUCUGGGACAUCCCCAUAACAGACACCAAGACAACGGUGAAGAAGAAAACCCCGACGAACCAGCACCACAGCCUGAAUUUCAGGACAAUCGGGCUGGCACGGAAGUUAAUGAGACUGUACCUGGAGUAGAAUCAGAUGAUACUGAGAAUCAGCUGGUCCCAACACAAUCAAACGUGAGGGUUUGCAAGGUCUGUUUGUUGGAAAUUGCCACCCAUAUUGUUCUGCCAUGUGGGCAUCUGGGUGUGUGUCAGCAAUGUGGGCUGAGAUUGCAGACGAUUCACAGUCCCUGCCCAUUCUGCAGGGCAGCUGUAGAAAAUUUUGUGCAGUUCUUUGACAUGUAGCCAGGAAUGAAAAAUAUUACCUUUUAAUAAACUUAAACAUCUGAACUAUUUAAAUGGAUGUAAUCAAAAGCGAAAUAUUUUUUUUAACGCUUCGAUAAAUAACACAAUUUGAAUUUAUUUUAUUUAAUUUAGAGUGUUUGGUUAAAGUGUUCAUUCAAUUUUUUUUUUAACUUAUUCGGAGAGUAUUUUCCAGUAACACGAAUAAGUUUAGUCCUCAAAAAUUUUCAUUCAGUUGGUUUCAGAUUACAGGCUACGUGCACAAUUAGGUCUUGCAUAUUUAUUUCAAUAUGAAGUGACUGUCCUUUUUUAUCCGAUGAUCAUAGAAAUACAUUUAAGAUUGGCCUACAGGCACAUGUAAAUUUUCUAAUAAGGAUUUAGUUUGGGACAUUUCGAAAACUUUUAGACAAUUCUGACAUUUCAGUUAUCAAAAAAAACAUUCAGAGAAAAAAUAUUUUGGAAAUAUUUAGAAUUUUAAAUACUUGGAACGUACACAGUAAUAUUGUGGUACCUCGUUUCCCAGCAGGAAGGUUCCGUUGUAUCUGAAGUUAGUUCACACAAGUUAUUCUCAUAUUAAGGUUUAGAAUAACGUUGAAUGAAUUUUAAACCGAACCUUCUGAGGGAGAUAUGGAUUUUUUCCCCCUUCAAAUCCUGUUUCUUCCAUCACUUGAGGAGUAGUUUAUAUGCAAUAUUUUUCAUAAUUUGUGUAUCAGUCUGGAGAUAAUUUGCGUAAAAUGUCGUCAGUUAUUCUUCAUUAAAAGUGAAAUAUAUCUUCAUCGAUAAUGUUUUGGAAUAAAUUCAUUAUGAAACGAAAAAAUAUGGCUAAUUUUUCCAAACGUCGUCAUUUUAAAGGUUUCAUUAGGAAUUACCUAAUGAUAAGAAACUAGCAUCGUAGGGAAAAAUUAAAACUUUGCCUUUCCACUAAAAGACUACUGAUAAAUAUGCGAAAAAAGCUUCUAUGGAUAAAUAUUCUCAAGAAUUAAUAUUAUACUAGUAAUUAUUGAGCUGGAUGGAAAUUAGAUAUAACUGUAACUUAAUCAAGAGUUGAAGUUCAUAUCUUCGUAAUUAGCAAAAUAUGUCCGAAAUAUUAUUAUAUUCAAGGAAAUCCCGUGUACAGUGAAUUCCAUAUCUAUCUAAUAUCUAAUAUAAAUAUUGAAUUCAUAAUUAAGAGUUUUUUCACUCAGGAUGUUAUUAAUAUACUUUUUUCCCGGUACAUUUCAUUAAGUUGGAACAAUCUUAAGAUAAAAGAGGUUGGAGCUACCUAUAUGUUGUGCAGUUGUGAAAAAAAUGGUGAAGUAAUUGAUUAUGAAAUACUAAGUUUAGCUCUGGAUGAUUGUGUAAUAAAUCUUGUUCAUUUGUGUUGCAAUAUGUACAUAAAAUCUGUUCAUGUCUAGAAUGUUUACGAUAAUUUUGAAAUGAAUUUGUAUUUUUAUAGUCAUUUUAUAAAUUAAAACAAUUAAAUUUGUAGUACGAAGGACAGAUUUCUCUGUCUUUCGGGGAUAGGCUACACAAUCACGUAAAAAUCUUUUUUAAAAGGUAUCUAAUUGAAUAAGUGAAUUGCACUUUUCUUUCAGUAAAAUAAAUGAUUUAAAUAAGACAAUAAUGACAUUUGUUAAGACUGUGAAAAUCCUGCGCCUCAAACUCCAGCUGGGUGGUACAGAUAUUUGCUGUAAGAAACUAUUUCCUCAGCAGUUUCCGUUUUACUUCAAACGAAACAGUAGAGACUGCCCCUGGUCGGAAAAGUUGGAAUAAUACCGGUGAAUUAUAUUAAUAGAUUGGAUGAAUUUUUUGGUUUAGCGACGUAAUUUUUUUUCAGUUAUUUUAAGAACGUAUAUAAAUAACUCCAUUGCUGACGCUGAAUAUAAUUACUUUCUACUGAUUCAACAGUCACGAGCAGCUUCUUCCUCAAAUUUUCAAUAGAUAGUUGUUCAAUAACUGUCGUAUGACUUCGCUUUCGCACAUUUCAGGGUAGUCCUCACAUGCAUAGGUAAAUAAAACCAAGCAUUUGUUUCACCUCAUGAAUUCAAUGUAAAGAAAUACUAAAACACUCGAAUCUUUAUUUUUGAAUUAGACUCUAGAAAUCAUUUUACUUUACUUCCCAAACCAACAAACAUUUCUUCACAUUAGAAACAUAAAAUGUGAAAGAGGUAAACAUAGAAUAGGGGACUUAAAAUUUAUGUGAGAAUUUGGUGCUCAGUUUCUUACCUCAAACUUAAGUAUUGUAGGUAACUCUUCUAAAUGUUACUUUACUAAAGUUUCCCCAUUUUUAUCCCAAUGUCGGAAAAUGGUACAAAGGAUUUAGGAGUUUUCUUACUUCUCGUGCCUUUUAUCAUUUAUUACGCUUGAUUUGUUUCAGAGUUAUGAUUAUUUAUUGUAAAACCAAACUUAUAGAUAUUCACCUCUUAAAAAUCUUUCUUAAAAAAAAACAACUUAUAAGAUCUAUGUAUGGUUUAUGUGUGUAUUUUAUAUACACCAAUUGUCUUAUUUUCUGGUUGUUUAUUUUUAUAGAGAUAUUUUAUUAGUGGUAGAGUUUCGUAAAUUUAUAAAAUACGUUUGUAGUGUUUAUUGUUAAUGCCCAUUACUUAACCUCAUUUUAUAUUAUAUUCAGAGAUAUAAAUUUUUAUUAAAAUUUUAAAACCUAUUCGCGAAAAAUUCAAUGAAAAAUUCAAUGAAAAAUUAACUCAGUUUGCAUGUUUUCAUGUUCAGGUUUUUACCUACAACUCUAGAAGAUUCAGUGAUAUGAAGUAUUCUUCAUACAAACCCUUAUUUUCCCUUUCAAAAUUCAUAAGAGAUCGGAUUUCUUAAAAUGGUAAAAUUUAGGGACAUAAUUCAGCAAAAAUAGUGAAAAGGAAUUGGUAGAGCUUGGUAUAUUAUUUAUUGAUACCCAAAAUCUUAACUUAAGAAUUAUUAACUUCAGAGAUAAUAUUAGUGGCUUUGAAAACAAAUUUACCACAUAAUCACCUUCUUAAGGGUGGUAAUAUAUAACCAAAUAUACCUGUAUUUAAGAAAGAAAAAGUGAAGUUAAAAACAAUAUAUUUAGGUUCUAAAUAAUUUCUUCCAAUGUCCAAACUGUUUUCCAAGAAAAGUUUUAUUAUUGGUAUAAGUUAAAUAACAGCAUCAGCAUAUUAAGUAUACAUAUAUACAGUAGAACCCCUGUCAUACACUUUUCAACGGAGGGCACAAAAAUGGUGUAUGAUGCGGGAAAGUGUAUGAAAAGGGAAUGGCAAUAAUAAAAAAAAUUUUCAAUCUAGCAUACAAGCACAAUGUCAGAUUAAACUCAAAUACAUAAUGUGUAAAUAAUUGCAUUAUAUGAAAGAUAUGAAUUCAUAAUUAUAUAUACAUAUAAUAAAACCACCAGAAAUGUAAAAUACAGUCCAUAAUCAAGUAAAGCUGACAUGAGAAACAGUGGCCUUACAAAAUGUUAUGAAGUCCUUUCUUGGAGGGCAGGAAAAGUCACCAAGCCUAAAUUAGAAAUUAAAAAAAUUAGGCUAUUGUAAAAAGAAAAUCAGGAAUUUAUGCUUGUUUGUUUCUUUUUACAAACAACUGUAUGCAACAGAACAAUUUUCAAUAAUAUUUUUAACUUGAGAAACGUAAAAUACAAAACACCCCGAUCGUAAGAAAACAAUAACAAACGGGUAUAUUCAGUUCAAAGAUUAAUGAAUGCACAAAAUAUGAGAUCCGUGCUUUGGUAAAGCGCGUGCACCAUUUUCAUAAUCAUUGCUAGUUUGCGCCACUAGUCUCGCUUGGUGCUGGCCAUAGAUGCUACUAGCGAAGUGCAGUCUUCCUGAUACUAUCAAUAUCUAUGGUGGGAUAAAGUUAUUUUCUUACGUUUGCAAAUGUAAACAAUGAACGUUUUUCAAAAUAAAAGCAUUAAAACGUAGUUUAUCAGGAGGAAUAUAACAAAAAAAUUUGUGAAUUUUGGGCUUUAACGCUUCGUAAAAACGUAUGAAACGGGAAAUUAAUGAUUUUAUAAGUGUAUGUUCCGGGAAAGUAAACCAUUGUAAACAUAGUACUUUCGGCGGGACCAAAAUUAAUCGGCGUAUGACACGGGAAAAUGUAUGAAACGGGAACGUAUCAUCGAGGUUCUACUGUAUAUCUGCUUACCUCACAUAAAAUGCAUUUUUAUCCACUUGGAAAAUUAAAUUUUUUCUGCAUGUUCUAUGUACGUUUAAACUCUAGCACACUAGCGCACGCUGUAGAUUCUUAACGGUUUUACUUAAGUGUUUUAGUAACAAUUAUAACGAUGCAGUUUCAAAAAUAGUGAUUAAAUGAAUGUGGGGUUGAAGACAGUUUAAUAUUAAAACGAAUAAUUAGCGAAGGUGUAUGUUCUAAAAUAGCCUAAAAUAACCAAGUAAGCUUGCUGGUUGGUGUAUUUUUGUACUCACAAGAUUUUCCUCCAUCUGCAAAUGUGUGACCGUUUAGUUAUAUUUACUUUAUGUACAGAGUUGUAAAUAAGUUUACAUAUUUAAAUGAAUGCACAUCCAAUAAAUAUCAUUCUUUUGAGAACCAGUGUUUCUUAUAUCGCCUUUACCUUUUCAUUCUUGAAAAAACUUUCACCUGCAUGUUUAUUUACGUUCCGGAAAGAGCAUUAGUAUUGAAAAGAUUUUGAACAUUGUUGAUAGUUUGAAGUAUGAAAAUUAGCCUACAACACUAUAGUAAUGCUUACAAUAUACGUGUUAAAGAAAAAAGAGAAGGAGAUACAAGAUGACCGAAGAACCCUUGGUUAUCAAAGCUACUUUCAGAUAGUUAAAUACUAUCCACGAGAUAAAAUGCUCCACGGGAAAAAAAAGUUUCAUUUAAUAAAAUUAAAUAAAAUCGCUGUCAUCUAGCACUGUGCGCAUUUUCAGUGAUACGAACAAGGUCUACAUCAGUUAACUUUCGGUAUGUUAUUAAGCAUAUUUGGCUCCACUACUGUGCAUAAAUUCAGCUUUGGACACAUUUUUCACAGAUUGAAACGUUAGUUUCCCGGCCCGUGGGGCGAUAAGCACGUUUUCUCUACCUCCCCAGGACUUCUGGCAGUCGGAUACUUUCGCAGAGGAUGCGACUCAGCGCGUUUAGUGAGUGAGGAACUAACUAACGUCGGGGUCAGACUCCAGUGACAUGUGUAAAGAGUGUGUGUGAUAUAUGAGAAAUUACGUUAUUUUCAUAUUUUAACAGACAUUAAUCAGACUGAGAUUUUGUGUGUGUGAAUCAUGGCCUAAAUAUACAGGCCUGCUUGAUCCGUUCCGUUCUGCGCAUCUACGUCACGUUGGAGGGACUGCAGACGAUAUUGGCGCGCGAUUAGCAUGUAAUGGAAAUUUGAAUGUUUGACGAGCAAAAAUGCCGAGUUGUGCCGUAUAUGGUUGUUGCAAUGAAAAUAAAAAUACAAAAGGAAAGAACAUAAAAUAUUAUAGUUUCCCCAAAAAUGAGGAUUUAGCCAAAAUUUGGGUACAUGCAUGUAAACGCAAGGACAAAAUAAAUUUGAAAAAUGGUAAACGACAGUACAUGUUACUUAUAUAAAGAUAAACAGUAUUGCAGCCGACUUUUAUAAUUUAACACAAAUAUUUUCUAUUAAAGAUAAAAUUUUUAUAUAUAGUUUAUUGUAAACUAGUUUAAACAUAAUAGCCUCUAUCAGUUAAAAUGUAGAUGUACAAGCCUAACCAAUGUUUAUUUUUAUUGAUGUUUGUAAUGUAUUUCUUACAAUAGUGCUGCAACUUUUAGGUUAUAAUCGUGCAAUCCCCAAAUUAAAUGUUUCACAAUUGCAAUAUUUUCAAGACAUGCAAAAAUUAAGAAUGUCAGGAUUAAUAAUUUGGCAUGUAGUGGGUACAGAAAUUGUUGGGAAAAAACUUGUCUUUUACACAUCUAAGUUUGUAACAGAUAAUGGCUGAUUUUUCAGGAGCAUAUAAGUGGAUUUAUAUAAAGCAUGGAUUAAGUAAGGACACUUUCAGAAACAAAUUUCUGCUUAAUAUGUUAGCAUCUCUGCCUGUGAAUAAAAAUAACGGGAGCACAGCGACUAAAAUGACUCACUCUAAACAAGUAUUUGCAACAAGCUAAAUUAUGCCUUAAUGCAAGACUUUGUUGACAGCAUUCACAAUGACUGAUCCAAAUUAUAUUUCUAAGUGUAAUUAAUGUCAAUUAAUACUUCUCUAUGCUCCUAAGGGGAUCCUCAGUGGCAGUGCCCACAAAUAUAUCACAUUUAUUGGGCAAAAGCAGGUUUUGUAUCCCCCCCCCCCCCCCCCCCACAUUACCCAAUUUCUGGGAAUUCAUUACCUACCAAAUGUCCUGGUGGUUCAGAGCUCACUAUUUUUUUUUAAGUGUUUAUUUUAAGCCUCUUCACAAACCAAGUUAACUCCUACUUUUACAUUCUUCAGUAGAUGAAUUGGAAUAAUGAGACUCCCCCUUAAUAACAUUAAGUGUAAGCUGAAAUGUAGGCAUAUGGGAGUAAAUUACAAGCACUCAUUUCAUCAUGAUGAGCACAGCUAGGCCCUAUCUCAGUUGUAACAUAGUCACUUUCAAAUUAAUAACAUAGUACCUAUGUGAUAUACAAAGUCAAAGAUAGUUUGGGAUUUCUUACUGGGUACUUACGCCUAUUGCUUCAACUGAUAUAAAACCAUUUUGGAAGAGAAAAAAACACAAACUAAUAGCAAUUAAUGAUGAGAGAAGUUUAGCAGAAAAUAUAAGGCAUCAAAACCUUAUUCGUUAAGCUUAGUGAACUCAAGAGAGAUUGUUUUCAGAUUUAGCGUGGAUGCUCUUUUUUUUUAUUAAUGAUGCAUCCAGUAGAUCUUUAUUUACAUUUUAGGGACAGAGAUUGGGAGUCUCUUAAAUAUGAGGUAAAAAAAAAAUAUAAUAGAAAACAUUUGCAAAAUUAAGACGUGUACAAAGCAAACCUGUUUUCACCUCAAUGAUCAGCUCUUACAGCUCAGUAUCAAACAUGGUGACAUCAUGCAGUGGCAUGGUGAGGAAGUCUCAGACCAUUCAGUUUUCUGAUGGCACAUUAAUUCUGCAAUGGUUUACCUUUACCAUCCACAUAAUGGACAACAUAACUCAGUCCUUUAACACCGGAAGGCAAUUUCCCAUUAGGUAUUGAACAUUUUUAACUUGUAGGUCUUUGUUAAAAGGCAAAAAGUUUAGAUGAGAUGAGAAUGGAUGACUGACUAAAUGAAUGUGUGUAGGACGCAUGAUAAUGUUCGCCGCGGUUCUUACUACACUUUGAAGAGCAAGUAAUCUGAUUGCUUUAUCAUGGCCUCCACUAUGUAAUGCCAGUCUAUUUACCUUACAUAUUACAUAGGAUUUCAAAUGUGCAAAAUUUUAAUAACUACUGAAGAUUUCUUAGUAGUCUCUUACUCAAAUCAUUGCAUAAAAUCUUGAAGGAUAAUUUCUUUAGAAUUAAAUGGUGCAAACUUACAGACAUGGCUUGGGGCUUUUAUUCAUAUGAAAAAAAAAGUGACAAUAACCAAAAAUAAAAUUUGGGAAUAUUUUGGCAUCCAAAAUAAACUUGGAUCCACAUGAUCACUUAAAAUUUAUGUAUGUUUAGUGGUUGCAAAAACAUUAUUUCUUGUUUUGAUUGAUAUAUAUAAUAUCUUGACUCUUGACAUGGCAUUUUAUAAAAAUGUUUGGCUGUACUUUAUGAUUUAUAACUUUUUUAUUGAGCUAAAAAACAUUACAGAAUAAUACUGUAUGUAUUAUAUAGUUGCUUUUUCUUUACUCUCAACAAUAAAUGAAGUAUGAUCUUAUGUACAUAUUUUAUUAUCCUAAGAUGAAUUGUUGAAGCAGUUAUUCAAUGUAAUUUUGCAUGAUCUAUACUAAUUAC